AUGUCGUUGUGCUACCGGCUGCUAUGUGUGUACCUACCAGCUGAUGGUGCUGCGUGCUGUCAGGCUGUAUUGCGUUUCCUUCUUUGCAAUGGAACGGAGCCUUCUCCUCCGGAAUUCUCGAUAACGGGAAGAAGGAGAGGAGAUGAAACAAGAGUGGCUUUCUAUCCAACGUCCUUGAAAGGUCGAAAAACUUCGGCGAAGAGACAGAAAGGUGAAAGCAAAGCUAAGAAAUCCCCAAAAGGAAAACGAACACAGCUUGCUAAAAAAGAUGAAGCGGAUCUUUCUAUGGCUGGUAUAGGCCACCCGGAAAUCUUUCCUUUAGUUUUCACUACAAAGACCCAAGACAUUUUUAAUUGCCGAGUUGAUGAAGACGUCACAGAAGAAAACUGUUUCAAACUUAUUAAGAAAGAGGACAUCAUUCAGGACCUGAAAACAAGAGCUGCAAUUUCUGAUUUCCACCCUGUGAAAAGAGUUGUCCUGGAAUACCCAGGGGAAGAACUUUUGGUAGUUUUUGAUGCAAAGUUGCAGUAUGGACAGAACUUUUACCUUGUUGCUUCCGAGGAAGCCAAGGAAAACCUUCUGAAGAUUUCAGAAACUGCAGAAGAAAAAGAAGAAGAAAAUCGAGAGGGAACUCCAGAAGUCCUUCCUUAUAAGCCUCCCGUCCAGAAACCCUGGGUUUCUCUUGGCAGCGAAAAGGAAGUUGAAGAGGAAUCUGUUACAGAGGCUGUUCCAAAGAUUAAGUAUAUGUUUUCUCGAGCACGCAGGCAGUUCGGUGCACCAAUUACACUUACCGAUAGGAAUGCUUCACACGUGGAAGGCAGUUACGUUGAAUGCACAUCCUAUCAAGACAAAACUUUCAGUAUUAAAAAGACUGAAAAAGAUGUGGGCGUACAAAUGGUUCCAAAAGUAAGAGAAACUACUACUCAGACAAAAUGGACCUAUCCAAAAAAUGCAGCCACGCAGUAUUUUCCGAGACAGUUGUCAAAUGAAGAGAAAGAAGAGUGUCUGUCAUCUAAGAAGCUGAAAGAAUUUCUUACCUCAGUACAGUUAAGAGUGGAAAUUGCACUGCAGCAAAAUGAAAUGAUGAAUGCUUUUCUUGACGAUUGGAAGGCCCUGGCAGAAGAGGAAAGCAGUUCUGGUGGCAAGCCAAACGGUUAUCUUAGAGCGCAGCGAUCACUUGCAGAUCUGCGCCGCCUCAAGGACAGAACCAUCAGCUGCGUGUGCUGGCAUCCAACCCUUUAUGGGAUUAUAGCAGUGUCGGCAAGAAAGCGGCUUUCUUACGAAGAGGAAGUUAACCUGUCUGAUAAAUCACUGCUGCGGCGGUCAGUCAUAGUUUUUUGGAGUUUUUUUGACCCUAUCGACCCGAAGUUAAUGUUGGAGUGUCCUGAAGACAUUUACUGCUUUCAGUUCAGUCCAAGUGAUCCAAAUAUCAUUGCUGGUGGCUGCAUCAAUGGACAGGUUGUACUGUGGGAUAUUUCUCAACAUGGAGAUAAGCUGCAGAAUGCAAAAACUGCUGCUGACGGAGUCAAGUUGCCAGCUGUCGAUAUGGUGAAUGCUUCCUUUCUAAAUAUACUGCAGGGCAUCUGUGUGUCUCCAUCGCUUAUGCAAGACCAGCAGAGUAGCACAGAGGCACCUCUAGUGAGAUGCUGCGCAGUCUCUUCCAGACACUAUAGUCACAAAAAGCCAGUAACAGAUAUACAUUGGCUGCCAGAUUAUUUUGAGGACAACCGGACGGGUGCUACUUCUGAAAAGAAAGCCGAAAUUUGCUUGCAGCUUGUCACCUGCUCCCCUGACUGCUCAAUAUUAUUUUGGGAUAUUCCAGCCACCAAACUUCCUCAACAACCUUCAUCUGAGAAAGUGAAAAAGGAGGAAAUUUUUUGUGUGUCCCCUGAUGUUCCAGAUACUUUUAAGCAUCUAGAUCUCUGCUGGAAACCUCUCAUAAAGAUAAACCUGUGCGGAAGUGACACCAACAAAGGGUACGGCCCCCUCAGAAUGAGUUUAAGGGAACUGCAUUAUCGUUACAAAACCUCAGAGAAGGCGCAAUCCCUGAACAUACUAGAACUACUCACCAAAGAGAGCCCACGUACAGAGAUGAGUACUUCUUCAGGCAAAAAUCUGAAAGUGCUAGAGAGCAUCUCCAUCCGCUUUUUUGUUGGAACUGAAGAUGGAGAAAUUGCUUAUUCUGACUGGAAAGUGGAAGUGGAUAGGGACUCGGCAAAACGCGCUCAGAAAUGCACCACCCACACGGGACCCGUCACCACUCUGCAGAGAUCUCCGUUUUUUAAAGACAUCCUUCUAAGCGCUGGAGGCCGGAAUUUUGCCAUUUGGAAGGAAGGGGUUGCAAACGGACCCAUCCUUCGGUCAAGCUGCUCGGCAGGAAGAAUCACUGCGGGACACUGGUCCUUAACAAGACCAGGAGUUUUCUUCAUUGGCCGAGACGAUGGAAAUAUAGAUAUCUGGGACCUGCUGCAGAAAACUUAUGAGCCAUCCCAUCUCCAGAGCAUCUCCGGAUCCAGGAUCACGUUCAUCAGCCCCUGGAUUGCCUCACCAAAGCAGCAUUUUUUAGCUGUUUCUGAUGACCUCGGAGUACUGCAUGUUUUGGAAAUCUGUCAGACACUAAGUUACUCUUCGAGGAAUGAGCAUGCCAACGUCCUUGAUUAUUUUGAAAGAGAAGCCAAGUAUCUGAAGUACUGCGAACAAGAGGAUCAAGAGUAUCAAGAGUUUCAAGCCAAAACAGAACUGAAGUGGAGCCGGAGGCCCAGAGGGAGAAAACA